GUGUGAUUGGUUUCCAUUUUGCAAAGGCUGAUAAACGUGGGCGACUUUGCAGAUUACAUUCAAACACUCUGAAGAAAAUAAAAAAGGAGCUGGCUGACAACAUACUUUAUAUAGUUCCUCAGACAGACAUUAUUCUAAAUGAGAUGACCACGAACACAAUAUCAUCAGUCAUGUAUGCAAAUGAUUUCUCACCACCACAUUCUCCUCCACCUGUUCCUGCACAACAGAGGCACCGUCUGACUUCAACCAGCAGUUUUCUUUCAGAUUCUAGCCGAAACUCUUCAAUGGAGGACAUGGACUUUGGCUCUUUGCUCAGAGAGUUUCAGCACAUGCAUCUCAGUGGCAGUGAGAAUGUUUCAAUAUUGGUUUCUCGUAACAAGGUGCUGCAGAGUGCUAAAGAUUCUGUUUCCAACUCUAAUUUCCCUUGGACCAAAAUCCCUCUCGUGACAUUUGUUGGCGAGGAAGCACUUGACUGUGGAGGUCCACGCAGAGAGUUUUUCAGAAUCUUGAUGAUGGAGGUGCAAAGCUCGCUGGGCAUCUUUGAGGGGCAGGCUGGACACUUGUUCUUCACCUAUGACCAAAUGGCCUUGGAGGAACACAAGUAUGAGUUGGCGGGGAAGCUGAUUGCAUGGUCUGUGGCUCAUGGCGGACCAGGACUCAAAUCUCUUGACCCCUGCCUGUACCAGCUGAUGUGCACCCAGGAAUGUCAACUGGUAGACUUUGACUGGCACCUAAUACCAGAUGCUGACAUUCAGGACAAACUGCAAAAGAUUUUGUCAUGCAAAACGACGGCAGACCUCCAGAGGCUGCAGACAGAGCUGGGCGACUGGAUCUGUGAAUGUGGUUUCCUUGGAAUAUACAGACAUGACAUUUCUGUCCGAGAUGUAGCAAAGAUUUACUCCUUUGCAGUUCGACACUACAUAUAUCUAAGAACAUCAAAUAUGAUUCAUCAGUUCACAAAGGGACUGAAUGCUUAUGGACAGUUCUGGGAUAUGGUAAGAACUCACUGGGUUGAGUUUCUACCCAUCUUUACCAACAUGCAUGAGCCACUUUCCAGAAGCACGUUCAGAGACUUAUUCCAAAUCCACUGGAGUAAAUCAGGGACCAAGAAGAGGGAGGCUGAGGAGGACACUAUACACUACUGGGAACUGGUGCUUAAGAUGAUUGAAGAUAAAAAACCAAAAGCUCCAGAAAACAAGUUGCAUUUUGAGGAAAUUUUGGCUUUCAUAACUGGAGCGGCUGAAGUCCCACCACUUGGGUUCUCCCAGAAGCCCAGCAUUCACUUCUACCAGCCAGAGCAGCGUGGAUGCCGUCUACCAUAUGCCAACACAUGCAUGAUGGGAUUGUUCCUGCCCAGGGUUGUAAAAGAUGAAGUGGAACUUUACAGGAUGCUCCUGAGAGCGAUCAGAGACUCAGCUGUUUUUGGGAGAACAUAAACAUAUAUAUAAUUCUUCAUUAUAAUGGACAUGGUCACAUCCAUAAUAUAUAGUUACAUAUAUUUAUAAGCUUUAUUUCAUAAUUUAUUAUAAUAUUUCAAGAAGAAAGCACUUAUGCACUUACUUUCAGUUAUUUGUAUAUUCUGUAUAUUUUUGACAAAGAUGCCAGAU